CUGGUACCGUACCUCACCAUAGACCGUGCAGAGUGUCAGUUGCCUCCAAUAUCUCAUGUUUCGGCGGUGAAGCUUGUAUCAAAAUUCGUGGUCUACAACGCCCCACCUGAAAGCCUAUCUUCAACUACGACCAGGGGCUUCACGCGCCGCUAGAGAGACUAGGAAGACUAGGCUGGAGGCAAAUAGUCUGCCUGUCGGCUCAUUCAAAGUCCCUCCCUCACCCGACGGCAACGGCCAAGUAAUAUUAUUGUCUGGACCUCGACGUUGCAACGCCAUUGCGCAGGUCAGUAAAUACUAUACAAUCUCUUACAUUCGCCAGUACAUCUUCGCUACAAUCCGUACGAAACUUGACCAUCCAUCAACAUCAUCCUUGGCAUUGGCACGAAAGUGCUAACGUUCCCAACAGCUUGCCACAUACUGUACCGUGUCAUCGAGCCAGAUACUCUGACGUCCGAGUGAGCGACAUGCCUCAACACAAGCGCGGCCCCUGGUCGCAAAGCGAGGAUCAGUUCUUGUUGCAUCUAGUCGGUCUGCAUGGCGCCCAUAAUUGGGUGCGCAUAUCGCAAACAAUCCAAACUAGGUCGCCGAAGCAAUGCCGGGAGCGUUUCCAUCAGAACCUGAAGCCUAACCUUAACCAUGACCCUAUCACGCCUGAGGAGGGUGUCAUGAUCGAGCAAAUGGUUGGCGAGAUGGGCAAGCGCUGGGCCGAAAUCGCCAGACGGCUGCGUGGCCGGAGCGACAAUGCCGUGAAGAAUUGGUGGAACGGCAGCAUGAAUCGAAGACGGCGCAGCAACAACCCGCGUCGAGCCGAUCUGGAGGUCCGUCAGCCAUCGCAUAUGGGUGCGCACAGUAUGCCGCAACCGCAAACUCACCACCACACCUUGCCAUCGAGCUACGUCCCUGCAGGCGCGAUGCAGUACUUUGGGCAGCCGAUCUACCACCACUCAGCGCCGCAACACGUGCAGCUACCUCCUAAUGGCUACAUGUACCGUCAGUCUAGCAUGAUCGAAACGCCCCUACCAUCUCCCUCGGCCUUUUCGCAGCUUUCCAAUGAGGGUGCACCGUCACUGGUGUCUGACUGCUCUUCUCUGUCUGGUCGUUCACCGAACCAUGCACAUUUGUCGAUGGAGCUUCCACCUCUAUCUGGAUCCAGCAGUGACCGACGAUACUCCGGUGGAUCUGGCUUGCGUUUGAGCGUUCCCGGAUCGUUUACUGAAAGUGAAUACGCUUUCAAAACCACGCCGCCAAUGCUGCAAGAGCCAUUCCAACAUCAGCCUCAAACCCACUUCCCACCACCGCAGCACUUCCUUCCUUCGCAACCGGCCCAGCCGAUGCACGGCCAACACCCAUUGCCACAGUACGUGGUGCCUUCGACUUCCAUGUCUCGUAACGGCUACCAGCAAACAACGCCGCUUUCAACGCCGUCGCCGGCCUUGCAACUGCCGAGCAUCGCAAACCUUGCAGUAUCGGAUCGACACUCGCCAGCACUAUCGCUUGAUCCGGCGCUGCACGGCGCGCAUUCUGCGUUCCUCCCUGAUGGCUCGCCUGCGAGGGACAAGAUGAGGUUAUCCAACCUCACGCACUGAGCUCGUUUAUCAUGAAUGCUAUACCCAGCGAAUCCCAUCGGACUGUACACACAGAGACGACAUAGAACUGCACGAUCGCUAAUGUUUCAUGGGCCCUCUGCCGGGCGAACCCGAGAGGCAGUAUCAGCUGUUGGCUCUCGGCCAUUUUGUAUCAUACCCCGUGGUUGCGCGCAUGCAUGUACAAACAUGCCUCGGAUUUGCUAGCGUUCAAGCGAUGUCUUCAAAAGCGAUCAGCACGAACAGUCUGCAGCAUUCUAAACGUUAGAGCAAAGUUCGUCCAUUACAAGCAUCAUUCCUUCAUUUUGCAAAACCAUCCCAAUGCCUCAGCGGCUUUGAUUAUGCAGGCUAUGCUUCUCACGUUGCUGUUGGGUUCGAGUUCGCAUGACAGCUCGGCGUUCGCAACGCCGCGG